AUGGGCCUCCUGCCCCCCGGCGCCGAGGUCGAGGUCCGCCUCGACGGCAAGGGUUACUACGGCAUCUGGUUCAAGGCCACCGUAGUGGGCUUCGCUGCCGCCGGCGGCCGCCACGCCCCGGCGCGGUACAGCGUCACCUUCGACGGCGACGGCGACGGUGACAUCAGACGAUUCGCCCCCACCCACGUCCGGCCGCGGCCCCCGGCUCCGGAAUCCCCGCCGUGCUUCCUCGUCCACGAAGUCAUCGAGGUCUUCCACGAACGCGGCUGGUGGUCCAGCCUCGUCCUCUCCGCCGACCCCAGGUCCGUCACCGUCGCCUUCCCAAUCACCCGCGAGGUCAUCACGUACGUGCCCCGCCUCGUCCGGCCCCGACGCGACUAUGUCGACGGCGACUGGGUCCCGUCGCGGGCGGUUGUCGCCGUCCGCCCCAAGCGCGAAAUCAGGAGGUACAUGGUCGGGGAGUUGGUGGAGGUUGUGAGGGAACGGGAGAUGUGGUUCCCUGCGAAGGUGGGGAAGGUAAUCGAUGAGUUCAGCUACAUCGUGGAGUACUCCGAUCAGAAAUGGGAGGAGGGUGGCCGCUCGGAGUACCUGCAUUGGCAGUUUAUCAGGCUGGCCGGCACUUGCCACCGGAGAACGAGUUCCACCGGAGAACUGAGCGCCAAGCGACUUGAAAAACAGUGUAUCGUUAAAUUCUAUUUACAGUGUAUUGUUAAAAAGUAUACUAGUGAAAUUGUUCCAAGGCAGGCACUUGCAUCUGGAAAACGUCCGAAGUCACAUGUUCUGGUGCCAUUUAAUGGUGAUGAACAUGAUCAUGAUGCCGAGUAUUCUUGUGCAAAAAGAUCAAUGAGAGAACCACAGCAAAAACUGGCAGUAUUAACUCAAGGUUAUGAAAAUGCUUCAGUUUCUAAGAUGGGCACUCCCUUAUCUGCUUUGGAAAAUUCUCUAACAAGCAUCUGCCCUCCAAAUUCUUGUUCACCACUCUACGGACACUUAACAGACCCAAAAAUUGUCGCGUCUGACAAUGUAGUUGCCAAUUGCCUACAUGCAUUGCAGGAGAUCUGGACCCUAGAAGCUGCUAACUCAGAGGCAGCAGCAAGAGAGAUUGAGACAUUGUAUAGCAAGCCAGUAGUAUUUUACCUGUUAAACAAGUCGCGGAGCGGAGUAGAGCAGAAGCGAACGGCGCCGGAGUCGGACAUGCGUGGACGGGCGGCCUCGCGCGGUUGGGACGGGCGGCCUCAGCAGCGGAGUAGAGUCGCGCGGACGGGACGGACUUGCACGGCUGGGAUGGGCGGCCUCAGCAGCGGAGCAGAGUCGCGCGGACGGGCGGCCUCACGCGGACGGGGCGGGCGGCCUCAGCAGCGGAGUAGAGUCGCGCGGACAUGCGGCCUCGCGCUGCUGGGACGGACUUGCGCGGGGCAGUCGCCUGCACCGCCGCCACCGCCGGAUUUGAGGUGCGUCGCCGCCCUCUCCUCUCUUCCUCUCUCCUUCCUUUCCCUCUUCCUCUCUCUCAGACGCGAUGGGGAUUGGGAGCCUUUGGCGGGAGGUGUAGGCGCGGCGCUGUUGCUUUUCCCGCGCGAGGGCAUCGCGCCGCUCUUUUCCAGCCCGCUCGAGCGCGCGGCGCCGCUCUUUCCCCGUGUUUUUUACGUCCGCGGCGUCCGCCUCAGGGCUCCAUUUCUAGCCGCGCGACCUAGAGUAAAACAGGAAUAG